CAAAAACCCGUCAAAAUCCAUGCUCACAUCUUCACCUGUUACAAUUAGGAGGGCUUUCACUUUGACCUUUAAAUUCUCCCUUUCAAUCCCAUCUCUGUUAUACUCAACCAACACACACAUGGACUCUCCACCCGGAAGCCCUCUGGUGAUCUCUGCUUCUCCUUCUCCGCCCCAAGAAGUAUUUGUCCAAGACGCUGGUGAUGGGUUCAUAACAUUGCAAGAAUGGCGGGGAUGGGGCUCUGUGUCUCCGUUUCCAGCUAUGGUUGGCAAAAUUGUUCACGAUUUGAAGUCUUUGGAGAAAAAUGUCGAUGCCCAGAUGAGUUUUGGUGGAAAUGGUGGCAAGCUUCAGGGAGAUUUUAAGGUUCAAGAGGAUAAGAAACAUAGGGCAACAUAUCAGGCCUUAGGUGAUUCUGAAAAGAAGCUUCAGUUUUUUGCAUCUCGACAAAUAGCAUGCCGUCUACUUGGAAGUAGGGGUUACCUUUGCCAGAAGUGCUGGCUUGCUAUGGAAGAUUGUAUGUGUUCAAAAGUCAAGCCUUGCAAUCUAUGGCAUGGUGUGCGGUUAUGGGUGUAUAUGCAUCCGAAGGACUUUCUGCGGCAGAACAAUACUGGAAAGUUGUUAUGGCAAGUAUUUGGAUUUCAAGCAGCAACUUUAUGCCUCUUUGGCAUUGCUGAAGAUGAAGAAAUCAUGUGGAAUGCAUUUAAGUGUGCAGGAAAAAACAAGGUUUGGUGUCUUUAUCCCAACAAGAAUGCUGUGACAGAGUCUGUCCGGGAGGCUUUUGGUCAUGGAUGUCCAGUGGAUUUAGAUUGCACACCUACUGAUGAAGAUAAAACGUUGAAUUUUGUUUUGAUUGAUGGCACAUGGAGCAACUCUGCAGCAAUGUUCAGCCGUUUAAAGGAACAAGCCAAGUCAGUUUGGGGGUUGGAAAAUUUUCCAUGCAUAUCUCUAACCAUGGGUGCAUCCUCAAUGCAUAAACUUCGGCCUCAACCCUCCUGGGAUCGGACCUGUACCGCAGCAGCAGCCAUAGGCCUCCUUUCUGAGCUGCACCUCCUUCCUGAGUUCAGUUCACUGGGAUUGGAUGAACAGGCUGAUGCAGUAGAGGAUGCAUUGGCGGUUUUGUUAGAAGCACUGACAACUAGAAGGCUUCGAAUGGGCAGGUCAAUCACUCGAAAAGUAAGACAUAACAGGGACAUCUGUUAGCCAGCAAAUACUAAUACUACUCCGCAAGGAGUUAUACUUCCCAAGCCGGACAAAAAUAGAAAGAGUUUUUUGGACCCCACAGUUUUUGGAAUUACACUAAUCUCUUCUCUAACAUAUGUUAGACUAAUAGUGUUUUGACAGUUUUAACCUCACCAAUUGAUGACUCAGGACUGGAUGUGUCAUCGUUUUUGUUGUAUCAAAAUUUCUAUUGAUGAAAGGUCAAUGGGUGGCUCAUUCUUCGGUUUUAA